GAUAACAUGAUGACCUGACUGUCCUGCCUAUGCAGCACGGGCACUGAUGGGAAAGGAUCCAAUAUGAGUGUAAAUGAUGUUGGAGGCAGACGACGCUUUGAGGAGAGCGAGUACACGUUGCACAUCUACCCCGGGAGCAUCGCCGAAGGGACCAUCUAUUGCCCCAUCACCGCCAGGAAAACCUCCACGGCGGCCGAGGUGAUCGAGUCGCUCAUCACCAAGCUCCAGCUGGAGAAGACAAAAUGUUACGUCCUCGCAGAAGUGAAAGAGUUUGGAGGGGAGGAAUGGAUCCUCAACCCUACGGACUGCCCGGUGCAACGCAUGAUGCUGUGGCCUCGCAUGGCCCUGGAGAACCGCAUCAGCGGCGAGGACUAUCGCUUCCUUCUGCGCGAGAAGAACCUCGACGGCUCCAUCCACUACGGCAGCCUGCAGUCGUGGCUGCGCGUGACGGAGGAGCGCCGCAGGAUGGUGGAGCGGGGCUUCCUGCCCCAGCCGCCGCAGAAGGACUAUGACGACUUGUGCGGCCUACCGGACUUGAACGAGAAGACGCUCCUGGAGAACCUCAGAAACCGCUUUAAGCAAGAGAAAAUCUACACCUACGUAGGCAGCAUUCUCAUCGUUAUCAACCCGUUCAAGUUUCUACCUAUUUAUAAUCCCAAAUAUGUUAAAAUGUAUGACAACCACCAGCUGGGCAAGCUGGAGCCGCACAUUUACGCGGUGGCGGACGUGGCCUACCACGCCAUGCUGCAGCGCAGGAAGAACCAGUGCAUCGUGAUUUCGGGCGAGAGCGGCUCGGGAAAAACCCAGAGCACCAACUUUCUGAUUCACCACCUCACCGCCCUCAGCCAGAAGGGAUUUGCUAGCGGAGUGGAACAGAUUAUUCUUGGAGCUGGACCAGUGCUUGAGGCUUUUGGCAACGCCAAAACAGCACACAACAACAACUCGAGCCGCUUCGGCAAGUUCAUCCAAGUGAAUUAUCAGGAGACGGGCACCGUGCGCGGAGCUUAUGUUGAAAAGUAUCUCCUGGAGAAAUCCAGACUAGUCUAUCAGGAACACAAUGAACGGAACUACCAUGUAUUUUAUUACCUCCUGGCAGGAGCGAGCGAGGAAGAAAGAUCUGCUUUUCACCUUAAGCAGCCCGAGGAGUAUCACUACCUCAACCAGCUGACGAGGAGGCCCCGCAGGCAGAGCUGGGAGGACUACGGCUGCGACGCCGAGCCGGACUGCUUCUCCGUUGAAGGGGAGGACCUGAAGCACGACUUUGAGCGCCUGCAGCUGGCCAUGGAGAUGGUGGGCUUCCUCCCCAAGACUCGCAGGCAAAUCUUCUCUCUGCUGUCUGCGAUACUGCAUCUGGGUAACAUCCGCUACAAAAAGAAAACGUACCGGGAUGACUCCAUCGAUAUUUGCAACCCCGAAGUCCUACCCAUCGUCUCAGACCUUCUGGAGGUGAAAGAAGAGAUGCUGUUUGAAGCCCUGGUUACCAGAAAGACAGUGACUGUAGGAGAGAAGCUCAUCUUACCAUACAAACUAGCAGAGGCUGUGACUGUGCGGAAUUCCAUGGCUAAAUCCUUGUACAGCGCCCUGUUUGACUGGAUCGUUUUUAGGAUUAACCACGCGCUUCUGAAUUCCAAGGACAUGGAGGAAAACACCAAGACUUUAUCCAUUGGCGUACUGGAUAUUUUUGGCUUUGAAGAUUAUGAAAACAACAGUUUUGAACAAUUCUGCAUUAACUUUGCCAAUGAGCGCUUGCAGCACUACUUUAACCAGCACAUCUUCAAACUCGAGCAGGAGGAAUAUAGAGCAGAAGGCAUUAGCUGGCACAACAUAGACUACAUAGACAACUCCGGCUGCAUAAACCUCAUCAGCAAGAAGCCAACGGGGCUGCUCCAUCUGCUGGAUGAGGAAAGCAAUUUCCCCCAAGCCACGAACCAGACGCUGCUGGACAAGUUCAAGCGGCAGCACGAAGGCAACUCGUACAUUGAGUUUCCAGCGGUCAUGGAACCAGCUUUCAUCAUCAAGCACUACGCGGGCAAAGUGAAAUACGGAGUGAAGGAUUUCCGUGAGAAAAACACGGAUCACAUGCGGCCAGACAUCGUCGCUCUGCUGAGGAGCAGCAAGAACGCCUUCAUCUGCGGCAUGAUAGGCAUCGACCCGGUGGCCGUUUUCCGCUGGGCAGUCCUCAGGGCGUUUUUCAGGGCGAUGGUGGCGUUCAGGGAGGCUGGAAAACGCCACGUCGAGAAGAAAACUGGGCAUGAUGAUGCAGUGCCGUGUGCGGUUUUGAAAAGUGUGGAUAGUUUUAGCUUUCUCCAUCACCCAGUGCAUCAGAGGAGCUUAGAGAUCCUGCAGAGAUGCAAGGAGGAGAAGUACAGUAUCGCUCGGAAGAGCCCCCGGACCCCUCUCUCAGACCUUCAAGGAGUUAACACCAUCAAUGAGAAGAGCCAGCGCGAUGUCUAUGGCGUGGGCUGGAACGGCAGGAUGGGCAUUCGGCACAGCAGGCUCUCCAGCCCGAGCUCCUUCCUCGACAAAGACGGGAUAUUCGUUAAUUCCACCAGCAGCAAGCUGCUGGAGCGGGCCCACGGCAUCCUCAUGCGCAAUAAGAACUUCAAAGCCAAACCAAAUCUCCCAAAGCACAUGCUGGACGUGAAGUCCCUCAAGCACCUGACGAACCUGACGCUGCACGACCGCAUUACGAAAUCUCUGCUGCACCUCCACAAGAAGAAGAAGCCGCCCAGCAUCAGCGCCCAGUUCCAGGCGUCGCUCAACAAGCUGAUGGAGACCCUUGGCCAGGCAGAGCCGUACUUUGUCAAGUGCAUCCGCUCCAAUGCCGAGAAGCUCCCGCUGCGGUUCAGCGACAGCCUGGUGCUCAGGCAGCUGCGGUACACGGGAAUGCUGGAGACCGUGCGGAUUCGCCAGUCGGGAUACAGCUGCAAAUACACCUUCCAGGAUUUUGUCAACCAUUUCCAUGUCCUCCUGCCACAAGGAAUCAGCCCAUCCAAACCCAAUAUCCAGGAUUUCUUCUGGAAAAUAAAACUCAAUCCGGACAAUUAUCAAGUUGGAAGAACAAUGGUUUUCGUGAAGGAGCGGGAGCGGCAGCUCUUGCAGGACCUGCUUCACCAGGAGGUGCUCCGGAGGAUCACGCUGCUGCAGCGCUGGUUCCGCAGCCUGCUCCACAGGCGCCAGUUCCUCGCCUUGCGCCACGCCGCCCUCGUCAUACAGCGUUCCUGGCGCGGCCGCGGGAGCCGCCACAGCCUCGUCGGCCUGCAGGCGGCCUGCAGGGGCUACCUGGCGCGGCAAAGGUACAGAGCUUUAAAAGAGCAGAGAUUGAAAGAGAGACAGCUGGAGAACGGCCUGAUAAUUCGGGAAGAGUCCGAUGGACUGGAGGCGAAUGAUGCUUUGGAAAUUAAGGGCUCCGACCCAUCUAAGUGGGAGGAUGGCUCCUUUGAAGAGAGAGUGAGGGCUAUAGAGGAACAUAAGUCGCUGAUGGAGAAUAAUCGGCUGAAUCAUGCAGACCUCUUGGAUAAUACUGGAAGUUUGUUACACAAAAGGCAUGAGAGAGCCAGUAGCCAGGGCGGGAUGGACACUGAGGAGGAAGUAGUCGUGAGGGAGAGACCCAAGUCGUUGGAGGAUCUCAACCAGAAAAAAGUGGUUCGUGCCAAAAGAGAAAGCCGGAGAAUGCGGGAAUUGGAACAGGCAAAAUUUAGCUUGGAAUUGCUUAAGGUCCGGUCCACAGGCGGGCUGUCGCCUUCGGAAGAGCGCCGGUGGUCCUCAGAGCUUGUAGCUGAAGCACUUCAUUCCCCUCAGGGAACCCCGGAGAGUGAAAGCUCUCAAGGGAGCUUAGAGAUGUUAAGCUGUGAAGAUACCCCAAGUAAACUUGUUUCCUUAGUUUUAGAUGGGCCAGACGUGGCAUCAUUUCCCACGGGCACCCAGGACUCUCUACCUAGCACUCCCCAGCCUCACUGGCAGGACAAGUCUUUCUGCACAGCAGACGUGAACAGCAAUUUAUCCACUUGCAAAAGGAGGCCGUCAGACUCGGAGCUACCCAACAGCCACGCUUCUAAGGAGCGCGAGGUCUCUGAUCCCCAAAACGUUAUCUACAAGAUGCAGCCAAGAGAAACCUUCCUUUCCAGUAACCUACCAACCUUCUACAUCCCACCCCAGGACAAUUUGAAAGCAAAGCAGUCAUUGCUGGAGAAUAACCUGAGGAACAAACCAGUUGAAAGAGAAGAGAAAACGGUGACAUUCCCUGAGAUCUUGAAGGACUCUGAGUCUGACAAGCAAGACCGGAGCAAAAGCUUGGGCAGGGAGGUAGGGGAAAAGACUCCUACCAAGAAAGAGGAGCAUGGGACAGGUAUUGGGACACAGACCCAUUCGCCAGAUUCGGUAAUCAAGAGACUGGAAAGGCUCAAUGUGGAGAAGGAGGAACGACAAAAGCAGCUUCAGCUGCAGAAUGAGAAGGAGAUGAUGGAGCAGAUCCGCCAGCAGAAAGAAAUUCUGGAGAGGCAGCGCAAAGCCUUUGAGCAGCUUGAGAAGCAAGGCAGGAUGGAAGCUUUGCAGAGGCUCGAGGUGAGCAGAAUCAAGGACCCAUCUCUCAAACCACCCAAACGAGCAGAGAGCCGCCCUCAGUCUGUCCUCAUCCUGCACCCCCCGAGCAGAGGGGAGCCCGGCUUCCCCGCGGGAUUACCUCCAUCCUCCUCGGUCGAUAUUAAAGGUCUCACUGUUGGGAACAGAGGCACCUCUCCGGCCCACAGCGCUUCCAAAGACAGACCUGUCAGCAUGUUCAUGGAGCGAAAGGAAGGUCAGUCCGGCACGGCGCUCGAGGCCACCCGUGUGGAGCGGCCCAGCUCCAAACUGCCUCCGGACUCCAGGGAUUUCCCGGGCAGCCCCUUUUCCCGAACGGAGCGCCUGAGGCAGCCCCGGAUGCCCAGCCAGGCCGCUGAUGACAUGAGGGCAAGCGCUAUGUUUUUCACACCAAAAGACCCUCCCUUCGGCCUCCAGAGGGAAGCGAGCCCACAGUGCCUUCCCAAGGGAGAACUGGCCAGGAAGCCAUUCAAGAUACCGGGGUCUGGCCGAGGAGAGGUUGCCAGACCGACCCAUAAAAAGAAAGCCCGCAUGGCGCGGACGCGCUCCGAUUUCUUGACUAGAGGUACUUGUGCUGAUGGGGAGGGGGAUACGGAGGAAGAUGAUUACGAUGCCAGUUUUGAGUUCCUUCUCUCCUCUGAGCAACCUCCUCAUGCUGAGCCAGGGCCUGCAGCCAGGCUGGGGCAGGCCUGUUACAGUGACUCCGAAAUGACCGUACAGCGAUUUGCAUCUGCUGAAGGCCAGACAAAGCUUCAUAAAACCAUGUCUCAGGGGGAGAUUGGGAAGUUGGCAGCUGCACAGAAGAACCUGGCUCCAGAUGGGAGGCCUCAGCGAGCCAAGAUGCGAUUCUGGGUAAAGGGGAAGCAGGGGGAAAAGAAGACGCCGCGGGAGAAGCUUGCUACCCAGUCUGAGCUGCUGGAGCUCUAUGCAGAGCAAGAAGCACCGAGCAGAGAGGUGGUUCCUGGCCUGCAACUCGGGGAAGAGUUGGGUCCUCACCACCUGACACCGCCACGGAGUCCGGAGCUGUCGGGACUUUAUCGGAAGGAGUUUAAGGAGAACAAAGAGCCGUCUCCCAAAGUGAAGCGCAAGCGCAGUGUCAAGAUCAGCAACGUGGCUCUGGAGCCCGUGCAGUGGCAGAACGACUCGCUGCAGAUCAUCACCAGCGCCAGCGACUUGAAAAGCAUGGACGAGUUCCUCCUGAAAAAGAUGAAUGAACUGGAUAAUGAGGACAGCAAGAAGGACACUUUGGUGGACGUCGUGUUCAAAAAGGCACUGAAGGAAUUCCGGCAAAACAUCUUCAGCUUCUACUCCUCGGCGCUGGCGAUGGAUGAUGGGAAGAGCAUCCGGUAUAAGGACCUGUAUGCCUUGUUCGAGCAGAUUUUGGAGAAGACCAUGCGGCUUGAACAGAGAGACUGGAGUGAGUCUCCAGUUAAAGUCUGGGUCAAUACCUUCAAAGUCUUUCUGGAUGAAUAUAUGAUAGAGUACAAGCCCCUGGACUACACUGCUGUGAAGGUGCCAAAAACGGAGAGAAAAAAGAGAAGAAAAAAAGAGGCAGAUGUGGUGGAAGAGCACAACGGGCACAUUUUCAAGGCCACGCAGUACAGCAUCCCCACCUACUGUGAAUAUUGCUCCUCCUUGAUCUGGAUCAUGGACAGGGCUUCUGUUUGUAAAUUGUGUAAAUAUGCUUGUCACAAGAAGUGCUGUCUUAAAACCACGACCAAGUGCUCCAAAAAGUACGAUCCGGAGCUCUCGUCGCGGCAGUUUGGCGUGGAGCUCUCGCGGCUGACCAGCGAGGAGCGCGCGGUGCCCGCGCUGGUGGAGAAGCUCAUCAACUACAUCGAAAUGCACGGGCUCUACACCGAGGGCAUCUACCGAAAGUCGGGCUCCACCAACAAGAUCAAGGAGCUGCGGCAAGGGCUCGAUACAGACAUCGACAACGUCAACUUAGACGACUACAACAUCCACGUCAUUGCCAGCGUGUUCAAGCAGUGGCUCAGAGAUCUACCCAACCCGCUCAUGACCUUCGAAUUGUACGAGGAGUUCCUGCGAGCUAUGGGCCUGCAGGACAGGAAGGAGACGGUCCGGGGAGUGUAUUCGGUCAUCGACCAGCUGUCCCGCACCCACCUCAGCACCCUGGAGCGCCUCAUCUUCCACCUCGUGAGGAUUGCCCUCCAGGAAGAGACCAAUCGAAUGUCAGCUAAUGCCUUGGCGAUUGUGUUUGCUCCCUGUAUCCUGCGCUGUCCUGAUACGACGGACCCACUGCAGAGUGUUCAGGACAUCAGCAAAACGACCACUUGCGUGGAAUUAAUUGUCGUAGAGCAGAUGAACAAGUACAAGGCUCGUCUCAAGGACAUCAACAGCCUGGAGUUUGCUGAGAACAAAGCAAAGAGCCGGCUCUCUUUGAUCCGCAGAUCCAUGAAACCCGUACUAAUUGCAGUUAGAUUUAUGAGCAUAACCCGCAAUUCGAUCCCGGGCAAAGGCCGCAUACGGCGCGGCACCUACCCCAGCCCCACGUCUCCCGUCGCCGUGCGCCUGCCCUCGGUGUCCGACGUCCCCGAGGAGACCAUGAGCAGCGAGGAGGCCAUGGAGAUGGACGUCACGGAGCAGCAGCAAGCGGCCAUGCAGCAGGAGGAGAGAGUGCUCACAGAGCAGAUUGAGAGCUUGCAGAAGGAGAAGGAGGAGCUGACGUUCGAGAUGCUGACGCUGGAGCCGCGGGCCUCCGACGACGAAACUCUCGAGUCCGAAGCCUCUAUUGGCACCGCCGACAGCUCCGAAAAUCUGAACUUUGACUCUGAAGGAGGCGUCUCCGACCGCUCAGAGAGAAGUUUGGCCCUGGGACCCCCGCGCCCCAGCAAGCCGGAGGCCGCCGGCCGCCUGCGGAGGCACCCGCGGAAGCAGCCGGAGCCCCCGGAGGCGCCCGACGGGGCCCCGGCACCCUCGGCACCGGCCUCCACCUCCUGCCUGCCCCACCUGCCCCGCAAGCGCUUCCAGAUGUACUCCAAGUCCCCCUUCUACCGGGCGGCCGAGGCCAGGGCCGGCCUCGAGGGGCCCGACGAGCGGCCCCAGUUCACCACGCGGGGCACCUUCAACCCCGAGAAGGGCAAGCAGAAGCUGAAGAACGUCAGGAGCUCCCCGCAGCGGGCGCGCGAGGCGCCCGGCGCCGACGCCGAGUGCGCGGCCGCCGCGCAGCAGCAGCAGCAGCAGCAGCUGGUGCUUUUCGGCAGCAACGAGUUCAUGGUGUGAGGCGCUCGGAGCCGAGGAGCAGCGCUGGCCCUAGGCGGGCUCGUAGGGUUUGGACAUCGAGCCCCCUCCCCGCUGCGCCGCCGGAAUUCCGGGGCAGCUCUCACCUCCGCCCGGCCGCCGCUUUGGGGGAUUUUGUGGGAUUUUGGGUUGUUUUUCGCUCCGUGAACUCUUGAGGAGGCCCCCAGUGGACCAAGCCCUUCUUGCCUGCCAUUAUAUGAUGCUCUCCACGGCGCAACCCCCCUUGCCCGGUAAGGAGCCCGGCGCAGAGCCCUCUCGCCACAGUGGGAAGAGCGGACAGAUAUUUAUUCCAGGGAAAGAGGGAAGGAAUUUUUUCACCGCCAGCCAUCAGGGAAAGGAGGAAAAGGAAAAAGAAACCAAGGCCGCUGCUUAGCCCAAAGCCAAAGUCUGCGCCCGGGUGCCGACAGCCAUAGCUGGGCGCCAGCGCCGCGGCGCGGAGGAAGCCACGGCGGAAGGGUCUCCGUUGGCAGCACGCCGCUGGCGGAGCUGGAAGGAAAGGCGUGGGAAGGCGGUAGGGAAAAGCUGCCCAAAGUCACCCUCACCGUGUUGACCUAACCAACGUCUCUCUUUUGAAGACCAUCAGUAUUAAAAGAUUAAUAAUAAUAAUAAUAAUGGUAAUAAUUGAGGACUACUUGAAGCUAUAUUUGUUUAUAUUCUGGUUACUGAAGUUCAUUGUAAAUAUAUU